UUCCCCUCAACACAGAUACCCGUUGCCUGUCUCGACCCGGCAUUCCAGUCACUCCAUCCGCCGUAAGGCUUCUGCAUUGCAGCUUGUGUCGUCUGCUGCACCGAAGCCACCGCGUUUCACGUUACACCCCAAUUUUCAGGAUACAGUCCAGGGCAUUAUAGAGCCAGCAAAUAGAGCCAGCACGGCAUCAUGACCGCGUGCACAAUGUCAACACUGGGUAGCCGCUUAUGCAGACUCGAGCCGUUGUCGCCAGUACCACUGGCACGCAUCGACAAGCCAGCAGGUUCACAAAGCAAUGUCCAACAUGCUGGCUCUGUGAAUAUCGGCAAUGUCCAUGCCCGAGAUCGUCGUACAUUGCUCGUUCAACCGAAGAUCUGGUGCUCGGCUCCUUACCCUCACCCGAAAUGUCAGUCUGACGCCUCUACCGGGAAGCAUGGUGUCAGGCUCUUCUGUUCAGGCAGUCUCAGCCGUUCAGGCAGCCUCAGCCGGUCAAUAGUUCGCGUUCAGGCUACCGCGAGCGCCGGUGAGAGUGGUAGCGUCGGCACGCGAACUAGUGGGAGAAGGAGAGGGACGAAAACAAUAGGAGCGCCUGAACGCGAACCGUCGCAGCAGUCGCCGUCUGCGAGGUGUGGCGGGCGACAGAUUCGCGUUCCGCUGCCGUCCAGCGGUCCCCUGAAACCACCCGCUUGGGCUCGAGAGGCCAUAGAGCAGCAGCCGUGGAAGGGAGGGCUCGAGCCGUGUGAAGAGCAGGACUACACCCUCUCCCCCUCCAACCCUGCUGACGUCAGCGGGCGGUUACCAGAGGCGUUACAGGGCACGCUCUACCGGUGUGGGCCAGGGAGGAUCCGAGUGGGGGGGGAGAAGUAUGGGCACUGGUUCGAUGGCGAUGGCAUGGUUUACGCCCUGCAUUUGGACGGCCCAACUGGUACGGCACGCUUUGUCUGCAAGUGGGUGCGCACACCAGCUCUGGAGAAACGGGGCGGACCGGAGGUGCAGGAUUUGGGGGAAGAAGCGUGGAUGGGGGGAAAGAAGAAGGAUAGGGGGAAGCAUGUGGAGGAGGAGGAGAGGGGGAUACGAAUGAAGGGGGCAUGGACGGCCGCUACUGCUGGGGGGCCAUUGAAGAACGUUGGACUGCCUGCUAACCCCGUCAACACCAGCGUCAUUCACUUUGCUGGUCGGCUGCUAGCCCUGUGCGAGGGCGGCCCGCCGUUCCUCCUGGAUCCCCUCUCCCUGUGCACUCUCGGCCCCUUUGCCUUCCCCGGUCUGCCCCUGCCCUUCUUCUCCGCGCAUCCCAAGCUCGACCCAGCCACGGGAGAGCUCUACAACUUUGGCAACAUGCUGUUUGGCACGCAGCCAUUCGCCAUCAGUGCAGACGGGCAGCACACGCGGGUGGGCCCUCUGCAGGGCUCGUCGGAGGCCGCCCUGGUGCACGACUGUGCCAUGUCGGCUCGCUUCCUCGUCUUCACCAUGCCGCCCUACACUGCCACUGCUGGGGAUGUGGGUCAGAUGCUGGCAGGCCAGCACGCCUUGGGCAACAGGUUCACGUACGACGAGUCUAAGCCCACGAGGGUGGUAAUUGUAGCCAAGGACACUCUGUCGGUGGAGGUGGAAGUGGACGUGCUCCCCCCGUUCUCCAACUACCACUUCUGCAACGCGUUUGAGGAGGAGGGUCGGCUGCAUGUGCUGAUGACUGUGCUGGACGGCCCAAGGGACGGCUUGGAGGGUGUGUUCAAAGACAUGUACGGGUCGUCGUGGCAGCGCAGCAACCAGUGCUCGGCGUGGGAGCUUGUGCUUGACACUGCCACCUGGGAGGUGCUCUCUCGCCACCGGGCCAUGCCCUCCGAACCUGGCACCAGAGGUCCGACGCUAGGCAUGGAGUUUGCUGUGGUGAAUCCUGGUUAUUUGGGCAGGAAGAGCAGGUUUCUGUAUGUGCUGGGGUCCAUGCCCGAGAUGGAGAGGGAGGAGAGGUGGAGCAGGGAGGGUUAUGGAGAUGGGGUGUGGUAUGGAGGUAGAGAGGAGCAGCUGAAGGGAGAAGAGGAGGGAGAGGAGGGAGAGGAGGGAGGGGGAGCGGAGGUGGAGGGAAGAAACGGGGUGGCCAAGUAUGGGUACCUGAACUGCAUUCAGAAGUAUGAUCUGGAGAUGCUGCAAGUGACCACUCACAUCGUGCCACCUGGCUGCUACGUCAAUGAGUGCAGCUUCAUUCCCCGCAAUGAUGCUACUGGCGAAGCUCCUAAAAAGGGUAUGAAUAAAAAGGCUAAAAAGGAUACGAAGACUGUUACUAAGGAGGACGACGGGUACCUGGCCGUGUUUGUCUACGACGCGUCCCAGCACAAGUCCCACGUGCUGGUGCUGGAUGCAAGUGAUGUGGCAGCGCCCCCUGUGGCAGUUGUGCAUCUCAAGUCGCACGUGCCCUACUACUUCCACGGCACAUGGGCUCCUAAGGCUGCCCUGUAAUAAGGGAUUUCGUUGCAAGUCAUCUGCCAGGCGUCUCAUAAUUAUGGCGUCAGAUGGAUCAUGUCCCUCGCGGCAUGGCGCAAGCAAGUCCCACGUGCGGGUGCCAGGGACGUGGCGGCACCCCCUGUCCCACGUUCAGGUCGCAUGUGCCGUACUACUUCCACGGCACAUGGGCUCACAAGGCCUCCAUGCAACAGACUUUCGUGAGUUUGCUGAUGAAUCGAGCAUGUUUAAACAGCACAUGUCCCAUCUGCUGGUUGCCAGGGACAUGAUGGACAUGGACGGCACCUCCUGUGGCAAUUGUGCAUAUUGUGACACGACCUCAGAGGAGUGUGCAGUGCAGUCGUCAUAGCAUAUCAUAGCUCCAUAAUACAGCACACUAGAUAGGGCAAAUACAUGGCAAGGGAACAAGGGUGAGCAUGCCAUGCUAGUUAUCAAAGCAUGGGAGGGAAGGGUGGGCAAGUUGGAACAGAAAAAUGCAAAUGAGACUAGGUGGCAGGUCUGAAAGACCUGCUGAUAGAUGAAGGAGUUU